AACGCCACCCUCGCACCGAAGCCUACCGUCGCCUAGCAUUCCUCAUGGGCAUCUGCUCGUCAUGCCUUGGCCUUGGCCGUCGCGCCUCGCCCUCUGAUCCCUCCGAUGCUGAGCAGCUCCUCGGGGGUGACUACCAGCCGCACUACGGCAGCGUUGGUCCCCAGAUGCCCCAUACCGGCGCUCCCCAGCUAGACCCGGAGGAAAUUCGCCGCCAGCGAGACGCCUUGGAGCGCAUCUGCGCGCAAACCUCGGACAAGUUGAUCGAUGUCUCACAGUCCGCCAACCCCGAUGAAGUCUCCAAGAUGGCAACCGAAUAUCCGCGCUUGUUCAUGGAGCGCUUUCCUCCCAUCCAGCAUUUCGACAGCAGGCCCUCGUCGUCCGGCACCGCCAUCGAGCAGGAUGAAUCUGCUUGGUUGGCCGACGUAACAAAGGCACAUGGCGACGAGGGCGACUGGGAUCAUGUCAAGGUCAUCGACCCAGGAUCCCUCACCAUUCAGUUUGAUGAGGUGCUGGGCCUGGGUCGCGGAGCCUCUCCCGUGAGAUCUUAGCCGGGGAAUUUUGCUCCUUCGUCGAUCGGUCUGAUCUACGCUCUCUUAAGAUUCCAUCCCUGGGCGUCCCAUGGCGUGACACUCGGUGGCCUUCCUAAUCUCGAAACAUAUCCGCAAAGGCUGCCUGGCGGGGCUAGCAAAAAUUGUCUCUUUUGUUGCAUCUGGUGGUGGCGUACUGAGCAAGGUUUCACUUCACAGUGCCUGUGGAUAGAUAUCCCUCGGAGUUGGUGGUCUGAAAUUACCCACCAGCACCUGAAUACCCUAUUGGAGUGCUUGCGUUUUCGUUUUAACUUUUCGCCGGAGUACGCGGCGUUUCAAUCCUUGUUCUAUUUCCGGUCAUGGCGCGUUCCUUAUGUGCAUUCUGAAAGUUUUCGAUUUAUAUUAGUGGUAGUUGCGAACAAGAUAGAACCCCUCGUACGAGGUUUUCCGACAUUUGCUAGUAACACAGGUUUCUCUGAUCACCA